CCAUCAUGUCAUAUCAACAAAGUUCGUGGCAUUAGCUAUGAUGAAAGCUUCGCUUUUCUCCCUACUUCUUCUUCUUAUUCCUCUCUUGGCCUCGUGUGUUGAAAAACAGGUCUAUAUUGUAUACUUCGGACAUCACAGUGGAGAGAAAACAUUCCAAGAAAUUGAAGAUACCCAUCACUCCUACCUCUCCUCUGUGAAAGAAUCUGAGGAAGAAGCCAAGGCUUCUCUUAUAUACAGUUACAAGAACAGUAUCAAUGGCUUCGCGGCAGUGCUUAAUGCAGAUGAAGCCUCAAAACUAUCCGAAAUGGAUGAAGUGGUGUCUGUGUAUAGAAGCUACCCUAGAAUGAACUCUUUGCAUACUACAAGGUCAUGGGAAUUUGUUGGCUUAGAAGAGGGAAAACAAAUGAACAACAACGAGGACGACAUAUUAUUGAAAGCUAGAUAUGGCAAAGACAUCAUAGUUGGCGUCAUAGAUACUGGGGUGUGGCCGGAAUCUAAGAGUUUCAGUGAUGAAGGAAUGGGUCCCAUUCCAAAAUCAUGGAAAGGAACCUGCCAGAGUGGAACUGCUUUUAACUCAUCACAUUGUAAUAGGAAGAUAAUUGGAGCUAGAUACUACAUUAAAGGUUACGAACAUCACUUUGGCCCUCUAAAUAACACAUUGGAUUACCUAUCUCCACGAGACAGGGAUGGCCAUGGGACACACACAUCUUCAACUGUUGGAGGAAGACGGGUGUCUAAUGUCUCGGCCCUAGGUGGAUUUGCGGGUGGCACUGCCUCCGGUGGUGCACCACUAGUGCGCCUCGCGAUAUACAAAGCUUUCUGGGCAAUUCCAGGUGUAAGCAAAGUAAAUGGGAACACAUACUUUGAUGAAGACAUCCUAGCAGCUAUUGAUGAUGCCAUUGGUGAUGGAGUUCAUAUACUAAGCAUUUCCGCUGGGCAGUAUAACCACCAUACUCCUUACACCGAGGAUCCUAUUGCAAUCGGAUCACUUCACGCCACAAAGAAGAAUGUCCUAGUGUCAUGCAGUGCCGGGAACGAUGGCCCUGACCCGGAAACUUUAUCUAACACGGCUCCCUGGAUCAUCACAGUUGCUGCUAGUAGUUUGGACAGGGCAUUUGCAGCACCUGUUGUGUUUGGAAAUGGCUUGACUAUUCGGGGACAAGCAGUAACUGCAUACAGGCUGAAGAAGAAAAUGUACCCACUAGUAUUGGCAUCAGCAGUAGUCAACCCUGAAGUGCCCAAAAAUGAUACAGCACAGCAAUGCCUUCCUGGUUCUCUAUCACCUGAAAAGACCAGAGGAAAGAUUGUAAUGUGCUUUAGAGGGAAUGGGACCCGAGUUGGAAAAGGCGAGGAGGUGAAAAGAGCUGGGGGUGCUGGAUUCAUCUUAGCAAAUGGUGUUGCAAAUGGAGCUGAGUUAGCCUUAGACGCUCAUGUUCUUCCUUCAACUGCAGUGGAUGGUAGCAGUGCAAAUAGGAUUUUGGAAUACAUCAAUUCUACUGACAAACCAUUGGCAUAUAUCUUCCCAGCUAGGACUGUCCUACAUGAGACACCAGCACCAUUCAUGGCUGCCUUCACUAGUAGGGGACCAAAUACAAUUACACCUGAUAUUCUCAAGCCUGAUAUCACAGCACCAGGACUAAAUAUACUGGCGGCAUGGAGUGAAGCAGCACCCCCUACAAGGUUGGAGGAGGAUCACCGAGUCGUUAAGUAUAACAUUCUUUCAGGAACUUCUAUGUCUUGCCCUCAUGUGUCAGCUGCAGCUGCACUUCUCAAAGCUAUACACCCCCAUUGGAGCAGUGCAGCCAUAAGAUCUGCUCUUAUCACCUCAGCGCGAAUAAGGAACAAUGUUGGUAUGCCAAUUACUGAUGCAUAUGGUAGCCCCGCAGAUCCCUUCCAAUACGGAUCAGGUCACUUGAGGCCAACAAAGGCAGUAGAUCCAGGACUUGUGUACGAUGCCUCAUACAUUGACUAUCUUCUGUUCCUUUGCAGCCAAGGAGUAACAAAGCUUGACCCAUCAUUUAAGUGUCCAAAAGUGUCACCCACACCGAACAAUCUCAACUACCCAUCUCUUGCAAUUUCCAAAUUCAAUGGCACAGUGACUGUCAAGAGAACUGUCACAAAUGUUGGUGGUGAUGGCAAGAGUUUGUACGUCUCUAGUGUCAAACCACCUAUUGGAUUUUCCGUUAAGAUCUCUCCACCUAUCUUAUUCUUUGAACAUGUUGGCCAAAAGAAGAGCUUCACCAUAACCGUAACGGCAGAAACUGAGAAGGCCAGCAAGAUUGACAAUGAUCAGUAUGCAUUCGGGUCAUAUGCUUGGACUGAUGGAAUCCACUUUGUUAGAAGUCCAAUGGCAGUAUCAUUGGCUUAGGCUUAUCAUUCUUGUUUUAAUUUCUUCUUUUUCAUUCUUCUUGUUUGAUUGUAUUUACAAAGUAUGGGGAUGUAGAGAUACACAGGUAAGUUAAUGAAGCAUUUAAUAAUUGAAUA